GGCGCGCGGGGUAUUGCGCGGGAGCUGCGCGCGCGCCACCGGCGAUGCCCGGGGACUGCGUUCCUGAGGGGACUGCCACCCGGCCGGCAGCCAAGGCCGCGGCGCCUAGCGGGGUUCCCGCGACCGCCGGGGCGCCGCAGGUUUCGGACCCGCUGAAGCGCUUUGUGUUAUUCUUGGAAAAUUUCGCACCACUUGUGAAUUCCUUGAACCUGGGCAUUGCAAACCCACUUCUGUUGGGCCCAUCUCCUUUGCACUUUGCUCAGAUUAAGACUCAGUUGGCGCUUCAGCAGCUGAAUGCCGUUGCCUCACAUGGUUCAACACCACCUUAUACUUUAUUAAAUCAGGCAUUCUUGAAAGUAGCCAUGUCCAGACCCAGGUUUAAUCCUCGAGGAAACUUUCCACUCCAAAGGCCACGAGCACCUAACCCUUCUGGGAUGAGGCCUCCAGGACCAUUUAUGAGGCCUGGAUCUAUGGGUCUUCCAAGAUUUUACCCAGCAGGGAGAGCCCGUGGAAUUCCACACAGAUUUGCUGGCCAUGAAUCUUAUCCGAACAUGGGACCACAGAGAAUGAAUGUUCAGGUAACUCAACAUCGAACUGAUCCAAGAUUGACCAAAGAAAAAUUGGAUUUUCAUGAAGCACAGCAGAAGAAGGGGAAGCCUCAUGGUACUCGGUGGGAUGAUGAGCCUCAUAUAUCUCCAUCAGUGGGAGUGAAACAGAGUUCUUUAACACAGGUUACAGAGCAGAGUCCUAAAGUACAGAGCCGCUAUACAAAAGAGAGUGCCUCAAGUAUCUUAGCAAGUUUUGGAUUAUCUAAUGAAGACCUAGAAGAACUUAGUCGCUAUCCUGACGAACAGCUAACUCCUGAAAAUAUGCCAUUAAUUUUGAGGGAUAUAAGAAUGCGAAAAAUGGGGCGCCGAUUACCUAGUUUACCUUCUCAGAGCAGAAAUAAAGAAGCACUUGGUAGGGAAGCAGUUUCGAGUAAUGUGAUUGAUUAUGGGCAUGCAAGCAAAUAUGGCUACACAGAAGAUCCACUUGAAGUACGUAUUUAUGAUCCUGAAAUUCCAACUGAUGAGGUCAAGAAUGAAUUUCGGCCACAGCAAGGCAUUUCUGCAUCUAUUCCUACUCCAAAUGUGAUAUGUAAUUCUAUGUUUCCCGUUGAAGAGGUGUUUCGCCAGAUGGACUUCCCCAGUGAGUCCUCCAAUAAUCAGUCUUUUUUCCCAGUUGAGAGUGGAACCAAGAUGUCAGGCUUACAUAUUUCAGGACAGUCAGUCCUUGAACCUGUAAAAUCUAUCAGCCAACCCGUUAGCCAAACAGUUAGCCAGACAAUGAGUCAGUCUCUGAUUCCUCCAUCUAUGAACCAGCAACCUUUUUCAUCUGAAAUAAUUUCAGCUGUAAACCAGCAAGAGCGGAUCCCACAUAAACCUGUGAUUAAUUCAGCUAAUGUACAUGUUGGAUCGAGAGGAAGUAAAAAGAAUUAUCAGUCAGAGACUGACAUUCCCAUUCAGUCUCCCUUUGGGAUUGUUAAAGCAUCUUGGCUACCAAAGUUUUCACAUGCUGAUGCCCAGAAGAUGAAGAGACUUCCAACACCUUCUAUGAUGAACGAUUAUUAUGCAGCGUCUCCAAGAAUAUUUCCACAUUUGUGUUCUCUGUGUAACGUAGAAUGUAGUCAUUUGAAGGAUUGGAUUCAGCAUCAAAACACAUCUACCCAUAUUGAGAGCUGUCGGCAGUUACGUCAACAAUACCCUGAUUGGAAUCCUGAGAUCCUCCCAUCAAGAAGAAGUGAAGGCAAUAGGAAAGAAAAUGAAACUCCAAGACGACGGUCUCAUUCACCCAGUCCUAGGCAUUCUAGGAGAUCUAGCUCAAGUCACAGGUUCCGUCGAUCUCGAAGUCCAAUACGUUACACAUACAGACCAAGAAGUCGAAGUCCAAGAAUAUGUCAUCGUUUCGUUUCUAGAUACAGAUCCAGAUCUCGUUCACCAUAUCGAAUUAGAAAUCCAUUUCGAGGUAGUCCAAAAUGCUAUCGAUCGGUUAGCCCUGAAAGGAUAUCAAGGAGAUCAGUGAGAUCAUCAGAGAGAAAAAAAGCAUUAGAAGAUGUAGUAGUACAACGAUCCGGACACGGGACAGAAUUUAAUAAGCAGAAACAUCUUGAGGCAGUUGACAAAGGACUCUCACCAGCACAAAAGCCAAAAGUUGUCAGUGGAACAAAGUUAUCAGUUAAAUUGUUAAGCUCCACAAAGAGUGAUGCAAAUUUAGGACAUUCUACUCGUAAAUCUAAGAAUCUUGAAGAUGACGUCUUAUCAGAAUGUAAACAGGUGUCUGGUAAAACUGGUUCUCUUCAGCGCAAGCUUCGGAAAGAGCAGUCUUUGCGUUACAAUUCAGCUCUUCUUAUAUCUGAACUUCCAGAGGAUGGUUGUACUGAAGAAGUUAUUAAAAAAGUAUUUCAGCCAUUUGGAAAAGUUAAUGAUGUCUUGAUUGUUCCAUAUAGAAAAGAGGCUUACUUGGAAAUGGAAUUUAAAGAAGCAAUUACUGCAGUCAUGAAGUACAUUGAAACAAUGCCUCUUCUUAUAAAUGGAAAAAGUGUGAAAAUAUGUGUUCCAGGAAAGAAAAAAGCACAGAACAAAGAAAUGAAAAAGAAGGUGUCAGAUUCAAAGAAAUUAUCAGCUUUAAAAAAAGAUGCAGAUGUCUCAAAAUCUAUUGAAAUUGUUACUUCAGCUUCUACUGCCAAAACUGGACAAACCAAGGUAUCUGCAGCCAAAGUAAACAAAUCUGCAGGGAAGUCAGCAGGUUCUGUAAAAUCUGUGGUAACAGUUGCUGCUAAAGGUAAAGCUUCCAUCAAAACAGCAAAAUCUACAGGAAAGAGGUCUCUAGAAGCUAAGAAGGCUGGUAGUGUCAAAAACAAAGACUCCAGUAAACCUGUACCUGCAAACUCUGAAAUAAAGACCAGUACGGAAGCCAAAGCCACUGAAAAUAAUGCCGAAGAAACUGUUUCAGCUGCUUUGGAGGCCAUAGAAAAUGAACCAGUGAAUAAGGAAACAGAGGAAAUGUGUGUGGUACAUAUUUCUAAUUUGCCUAAUAAAGGAUAUUCUAUAGAAGAAAUUUGUAAUUUAGUAAGACCAUUUGGUGGUUUAAAGGAUAUUUUGGUUUUAUCAUCUCAUAAAAAGGCAUACAUAGAAAUAAAUAGAAAAUCUGCAGAUUCUAUGGUAAAAUUUUAUACCUGCUUCCCAGUAUCCAUGGAUGGAAAUCAACUCUCCAUAAGUAUGGCUCCUGAAAACAUGAAUAUAACAGAUGAGGAAGCUCUGUUUACAAAUUUAAUUAAAGAAAGUGACCCAGAGGCAAAUACUGAUAAAAUUUACAACCGCUUUGUACAUCUUGAUAAUUUACCAGAAGAUGGACUUCAGUGUGUACUUUGUAUUGGGCUUCAGUUUGGAAAAGUGGAUCACCAUGUAUUUAUGAAUAAUAAAAACAAGGCAAUUCUUCAGUUAGAAAGUCCUGAAUCUGCUCAGUCAAUGUACAACUUUUUGAAACAAAAUCCACAAAACAUAGGAGACCAUGUAUUGACUUGUACAUUAUCUCCAAAGAUGGACUCACCAGAGACUGAAACUGAGAAAGACCCAGCACUAGGAAAAGAAAGCCCUGACUUGAAAAACAGUCCAGUUGAUGAAAGUGGGGUGCAAACUGCAGCUGAUAGUCCCUCUGUUAAACCUAGUGAGAUUGAAGAAGAAACUACUCUCAGUAUUCAAACAGAAACUUCAAUACAGCAGGAAGAGGUUUGUGAGGAAGAACCUGAAAAGGCACUGUGCAACUCUGACUUUGCUAUUGAAACAUUGGAAAUCGAAACUCAAGGAGAGGAGGUCAAAGUAGAAAUUCCUCUUGUAGCAUCCACACCAGCAAGAACCGAAUUGCUUACCAAAAAUACAGAAGAGUCUGCUUUAAAUCAGCAGGUAUAUAUCAGUGACUUUGAGAAGGAAGAAGGAAAAAUUAUGAACCCUGAACCAGAAUUACCAACAUCUGACAUUGUAUUUAUAGAGGAAAGGAACAUCAAAGGAAUUUCAGAAGAAUCUCUAUCUGAAGCUGAAGGUUUGUUUUCUGUAAUUACACAAUCUAUAGUAGAAGAUAGAGCUGAAGCGGACAAACAUGAAACUGUUUCAGAAAUAGUACCGUCUGCUUGUGUUGUGACCUUAAUACCAGGAAUUUGCACUGAGGAUGAGAAGGCAGUGAGCAAAAAGGGGAUUUCUGAAAAAAGUAAUACAGAUGAAAAGGAGGAGAAUGAAUUUCAUACCAAGGAAACCAGAAUGGAUCUACAAAUAGGAUCAGAGAAAGCUGACAAGAAUGAAGCUAGGGUGAUUGCAGAAAAACCAGAAAAGAUUAUGGUGGCAGUGAAAGAAAAGCCUGCAGAAAAUGCUGUGCUCAAGGCAUACCCAAAUAAAGGAGUGGGUCAGACCAAUAAGCCUGAAGAAACUGGUAAAACUAGUAUGCUGACUAUAUCAAAUAUAACUAGCAAUAAAUCAAGCAUCAAGGCUGCUGUGGUCUCUUCUAAGACAAAAGUUACAGCUUCAAAAACUGAAAAUCAGAAAAGUUUUCUAAAAUCUGUGCUCAGAGAUCAAGUAAAUGCUGAAAAAAACUUUUCAGCCAAGGAAAUUGGUCUCCUUAAAGGUGCCAGGUCAGGCUUGGCAGAAAGCAGCAUUAAAUUCAAACCCACUCAGAGUGGUGUUACCAGAGGAGGCAGUGGAAGGAUCUCAGUCCUGCAAGGCAAGGAUUCUAAACUGGAUUACAAGGACAUAACAAAACAGUCUCAGGAAACAGAGGGUAGACCUUCCAUCAUGAAACGGGAUGACAGCAACAAUAAGGCCUUGGCUGGGCAAAGCACUAAGAAUUCUAAAAACACUACUGGUAGAAGUUCCAAAUCUAAAGAGGAACCAUUAUUUCCAUUUAAUUUGGACGAAUUUGUUACUGUGGAUGAGGUUAUAGAAGAAGUGAAUCCUUCUCAAGCCAAGCAGAAUUCAUUAAAGGGAAAACGGAAAGAAGCUCUCAGAAAUACUCCUUCCUCUGAACUUAACUUAAAAAAGAAGAAAGGGAAAACUUCUAUUCCUCACGGUGUUGAGGGAGAAUUAUCUUUUGUAACAUUGGAUGAGAUUGGGGAAGAGGAAGAAGCCACUGCACAAGCUUUGGUCACUGUAGAUGAAGUAAUUGAUGAAGAAGAACUAAAUAUGGAAGAAAUGGUAAAAAAUUCAAAUUCACUUCUUACAUUAGAUGAAUUAAUUGACCAAGAUGAUUGCAUUUCCCACAAUGAACCUAAAGAUGUUACUGUUCUGUCAGUGGCUGAAGAACAAGAUCUUCUUAAACAGGAACGCUUGGUAACAGUAGAUGAAAUCGGAGAAGUAGAAGAGCUACCUUUAAAUGAGUCAGCAGACAUAACUUUUGCCACUUUGAAUGCUAAAGGAGAUGAAGGAAAUGCUGUAAGAGAUUCCAUUGGGCUCAUUUCUUCUCAGAUGCCUGAAGAUCCCUCUACUUUAGUUACUGUAGAUGAAAUACAGGAUGACAGCAGUGAUUUACAUUUAGUAACUUUGGAUGAAGUAACUGAAGAGGAUGAAGACUCUCUGGCUGAUUUUAAUAACCUUAAAGAAGAGCUUAAUUUUGUUACUGUUGAUGAAGUUGGAGAGGAGGAAGAUGGAGACGAUUCAAAAGUUGAGUUAGCACAAAGCAAAAAUGACUGCCCUACAGAUAAAAAAGGGGAUAGAAAAAAGAGGCUUGUGGACUCAAAGAAGACAAAACUUGAAGCCAUGUCCCAAAUGGGUCCAGUAAAAGAGAAUGUUGUGGAAGAAGAUCUGAAAUCCAUGAUUGAAAGACACUUAGCAGCUAAAACACCAGUGAAGAGAGUUAGAGUUGGAAAAGCACCAUCCUCACUACAAGCUGUUGCAGCAGAACCAACAAAGGGUGAAGAGGCCUUCCAAAUUAGUGAAGUUGAUGAGGAAUCUGAAUUAAAGGAUUCAGAACCAGAUCGAAAACGUCAGAAGACUGAAGAUGACUCCUUAGGCAAGUCAGUGGUACCUGAUGCCCCUGAAGAUUUAGACUUUCUUGUACCGAAGGCUGGAUUCUUCUGUCCAAUCUGCUCCCUUUUUUACUCAGGUGAAAAAGCAAUGACAAAUCACUGCAAGAGUUCACGUCAUAAGCAAAAUACAGAGCACCAUUUGCCGGAGUAGAUUUUGCAGAUCAGUAGUCUCAUAUGACACUCCAUUAAAGAAAGUGUGGAAAAUUGCAUAUCCUGAUGCCCUGUAAGAAGUCAUAUACAUGUUAGCAUAUUAAAAUUUCUGAACUGCCAGAAAGAAUCUUGCUUACAUCUUUGUAACCCAGUUUCCUAAACUGAGUUAGUCACAAAAUCCUCGUUUUUAAUUGUACACGUCUUUAGGAGACUCGGAAGUAACCAUGGUUGAAGCAGUGGUUCUGAUUGCUUCUGAAUGUAUGAGGUUGUUUUAUGCAUCCUUUAUAUUGAAUCUGAGGCACAGACACCCAACAUUUAUUGUGCUUAAAGCGUUUUAAUCCCUGGUCUACUUUACGAAGUAGAUACUGUCAUUUCAGUUUUAAAGAUGAGGACACAGACUUAAGGAAGUUAGGUUACUAAACCCAGUGGCAGACCUAAGAUUUGAGCCCAGCUUUGAUUUAUUCUAGACCCAGUCUCUGACUCAUUUUGCUGUGCUCCGUGUAUUUUAAAGUUGUUUUUUCUUAUCAUUUUUUUUCAUUUAAAAUUUUCUAGCAUCUUCAUUGGGCACUUGGAAUAGUAUACAAAUUUAUUGUGGCUCUCUAAAACCCUACCUGAUUGGAUUCUUUUCUGCUUCUCUGAGCUGUUUUUUUAAUUAAUUUAUUUCAGCUUUCUGGCUUUUGUGGCCUAUCCUGCCUUUGCACUUUUAUGUUGCUAUUCUUUUGCCUCUCACAACCCCAUUUACAUGAGUUCUUCCUCUGUUUUUGGUCUCACCUCAAAUACUAGCUGCUAAGAAACAACUGCUUAAGAAAGACCUAGCUAAAGUAGAAAACUCCAUCUUAUAUUUUCAUAAAGGUCAUGCUAUAAUUUUGUUUGAUUAUUUGCAGUUUUGGGUAUUGAACUCAGAGCCUCACACAUGCUAGCAAGUGCUCUGCCACUGAGCUAUGCUUCUGACCCAUUCUUUGUUGUUGUCAGUGUUUUAAUUUUAGAGUGAUUGCUACAUUCCCAAAUUACCUUGUUUAUUUUUAUUCUUUAUUUUUCUCUCACUGUAUAGUGUAAGCUCCAUGGUUUAAAGUACUAUUAUCUUGUUGACCACUGAAUCCUCAAACACUAAGCAUAUGCCUAGUAUAUCAUAAAAUGUUAGAAAACUGAUGAAUAAAAAGAAGUAAUGUUCCUGUAAGGCACUGUGUCCUUAAUCUUUAUUUUGUAGGAUCAGGCUCUUUUAAAUUGUAAAUAUAACAAAAAUACAUUUGAUUUGCAUAUAUAGCAAAACACUAAUAAGUGUUUCAUAUUGCAAAUUGCUUUUAACAGAGGUUCAUGGCCAAGCAAAGAAAGGAAAAGGAACAGAAUGAGGCUGAAGAAAGAAGCUCUAGGUGAUUGAGGGAAAGAGGAAAGAAUUCAUUAGAAAUUCAUUUAGGGUCCAGUUGAUUUGUGUAUUUUUAUCACUUAAUUUGUAAUUUUUGUUUCAGAAACAGUCAUGUUGUACAAAUUUCUGAUUGCCCUUGAUGUAGAGAGACUGAUGGGGAAAGUAUGAUGGGUUUGAUUUUUAUAUCAAAUCAUCAGGCAUGGAGAAAUAUCUUUGUAGACAUGUUAAAAUAAAUGUUCCUACUGUAUAUUUAAAAUACCGUGCUGUGUUUGUGGUUGAUUUAUUAAAGAGUUAACCUGCCUCUGAUUGAAGACAAGGUUCUUCUUGACAACCCCUGUGAUUUGGAAUGUUUGGAAAUUUUUCAUGUAUUACUGGAAGUCAUAGCGUGAUACUGUUUUACUUUGUUUCAGCCAUCCACAUAUACAGGUCAGACAUGUUGAAACACUCAGUUUUUCUAGAUAAAAUUAUAUUGUAUUAUGUUUGACCCAGGUAAGAAUGUGUUUGGAAGAUACUUCUUCUGCUUCUAUUAACAUCUAUUUCUGGGGGGGCGGGGAAGAAUCUUUUUUAAUAAAGUAAUACCUACAAAGUCAUACGAUAUUUGCUUAAAUCUGGAGAGCAGCCUUAUUUACUGUGAACUAUCAGAGGUGCUUUUUAAACAAUUUGAGUUACCAUUUAAUAUGAAAGAAAUUGUAAAGAUAUCAAAAAAUAGUUGAGUGUCUUCUAAGUAGAUUAUUGUCCUGUACUGUCAAUUUUUAGAUUAGGCCAUACUUCAGAUAUGUCUGUUGAUUUUGAGUAUCAUACCACUUCGCCAAUAAGAAGUGACGAUCAAAAUCAGCAACAUUUUGUUCCAUCCACCAAACUCAGUGCACAUCCAGCUCAGAGUUAACCACAGCCUGAGCAACAUUGCAAAAUACUACAUGCCACAGACUAAGAAAUAGAAGGAACAAGAGAGUUGGCUUUAUGAGUGUCAAGAGUCUGUUCAAAUUAAAACUGUAGAGUGAAUGAGGUAAAAAGAGGGAGAGAGUUAUCAAAUGCCUGGAGAAAAAGGUCAGUAAGGUAAAACACCACAGUCUCAGAAUCUUCUUUUUUCCUGGGCCUACUUCUGGAACUUUUCCAGCCAGGGAAGUUUUAAGCUUUAGUCUUACUUGGACCAACCUUGGAGAAGUGUGCACCUCUUACUUUCUUAUACUUAAUUACUUGGAAGAAGUCUGUUCUCUGCUUUGGAAUUUGGGAUCCUAAAUUAGAAUAUAAGAAACUGCUAAAGCAUAAAAGUGGUAGGAGAGUUUUAUGUUUUAUCUCAGUGAUUGAUAUAAGCUAAUUAUACACUAUAAAUAAUUUUCUCCACUUAAUGCUUAUGAGUUUUAUCAUGGGGCUUCAGAUACAAAAUAUUUUU